AUGGAUCAAUACCCUCGCGCUGCUGAACGCGACCAGCCAGCAACCGAAAAGUCGAGUCGACUCCUGAUCCGCGAAUACCCUCACCGCGCCAUCGCAAUUGUUUCCUCGUCGCACGCCUUAAUCUUCCGCUAUAGUCCAACCUCGAACGAUGCCGUGAACGAUGGCACUACAAGAUCUAGGAACGACCCCGAGGCCUUGGUGUCCAAGUGCAUGGUUGAGUUCUCCCAUAGGACAGACGAGCUUCUGAAAGACUUCCGACCUUUGACGCCUCAGCCAAUAUUUGGAACCUUGGGCCUCAUCUCGAUCGGUCCGGAUGUCUUCAUAUCCGUCAUCACCCAGGCUUCCCGAGUCGCCUCGGUUCGGCCAGGAGAGACGGUCGAAAGAAUUGCCAAUGUCGACUUCUACUGUCUCAACAGUGCUGAGUACGACAAUGUGUUCACCUCGAACCCUUGGGACAAUGAUUAUUCCGACUCAUCGACAUACGGCCAACAACUAAAUCGUAGAGAAGGAGAGAUGGAAUACCCGUAUCAAGAACUGCAGAAACUCCUGAGUAAUGGAAGUUUCUAUUUUAGCACAGAUUUCGAUCUUACGAAUCGUCUUCAGGAUAGACCUGUCGACUCAGACACAUUCGAUAUCGAUAAUUUUGACGACUCCUUUUUAUGGAACUCUUUCAUGAUCAGUCCUCUGGUGCAGUUCAGAUCACGUUUACUAGUACACGAAAGAGAAGCCUUGGACGCAUCGCGGAUUCUGACUUCGGCAAUUCGAGGAUUUUGUUCGACGCUGAAUAUCCCCCAAGCCGCUGCGCCAAUGAGUGCGACAAGAUCAGGUCUUCCUUCGCUUCUGACGGUCAUCUCACGAUUGUCUUGUAAAAGGGCCGGUACUCGCUUCAACAGUCGAGGCAUUGAUGACGACGGCAAUGUAGCCAACUUUGUCGAAACCGAGACUAUCUACUGGAGUCCUUCUGGGGUUCUAUUCUCGUAUGCCCAGGUCCGCGGCUCGGUACCAGUAUUCUGGGAACAGGCUGCCGGUCUUAUUCCUGGCCAGCAAAAGAUCGCCGUGACCCGGUCCGCCGAGGGCACCCAACCUGCUUUUGACAAACACUUUGAGGAAUUAGAGCAGUCGUAUGGCGCCGUGCACAUUGUCAACCUCUUAAGCGCCUCUAAACCAGGAGAAGUGGAAUUGACACAACAAUACCACUAUGGAGUCCAGCAUUGCAAUCUAUCCUACCAAGGAGAGAAAAGAUCACAAGACCAUGCCCUCCUAAGGGUGACAGAUUACGACUUCCAUGCAGAGACCAAAAGUAUCGGCUAUGAGGCGGCAAAGGAUAUUAGGAGAUAUAUCGAGCAUUCCGCUGAUGGAUUUGCCUACUUUUUGGCCGAAGAGAUGGACGACUCGGCCGAGCAAACACCAGAGCGCAGAACCGGCAACCGCAUGGUCGUUGUUUUGCAGCAAGAAGGUGUUUUCCGGACAAACUGUUUGGAUUGUCUUGACAGGACAAACUUGAUUCAGACAAUUAUAUCCCAACUGGCGGUUGAGUCAUUCUUGAGCCAUCGUGCAGACUACGCCGCAUCAGACUUCUGGGUGCGGCACUCCACCUUGUGGGCUGACAAUGGCGAUGCCCUGUCCAGGAUUUAUGCUGGAACUGGUGCGCUCAAGACGUCAUUCACCAGACAUGGAAAGAUGUCAUUGGCAGGUGCCUUUGCUGAUGCCCGGAAAAGCGCCACCAGACUAUAUAUAAACAACUUUGCAGACAAGGCGAGGCAAAACACUAUCGAUAUGCUCCUAGGGAGAUUGGUUGGCCAAUCCCCGGUGCACCUUUUUGACCCCAUCAUGGACUACAUUUCUGGAGAACUCUCAAAGCGAAGCAGUGAGUACUCUUCGACCGAGUCGAUCAAUAUGUGGGUUGGCACAUUCAACCUCAAUGGUAAAACCAAUGGCAUCCAUGAAGACCUCUCACCAUGGUUACAUCCCGCCAUCCUUGGCAAGGCAAUGCAACCCGAGAUAGUCGCCGUUGGGUUUCAGGAGAUUGUUGAGCUGAGUGCACAGCAAAUCAUGAACAGUGAUCCAACGCGAAAACAAGAAUGGGAAAAGGCCAUCAAACGCUGUUUGAACGACCGGGCGCAUGAAACGGGAGGUGAUAAGUACGUCCUCCUCCGAAGUGGUCAGCUGGUAGGAGCUGCGCUUUGUAUUUUUGUAAAGGCUUCGGUGCUGUCGAAAAUAAAAAACGUCGAGGGCAGUGUCAAGAAGACCGGAAUGUCUGGCAUUGCUGGCAACAAGGGCGCAGUGGCUAUUCGCAUGGAAUAUGCCAACACCCAGUUGUGCUUUGUCACGGCUCAUUUGGCUGCCGGCUUUGCAAACUACGAGGAAAGAAAUAAAGAUUACGCCACGAUCCAUCACGGCGUUCGGUUCCAGAGAAACCGAGGCAUUGAUGAUCAUGACACGGUAAUCUGGAUGGGAGAUUUCAACUACCGCAUUGGGUUGAGUCAUGAGAUUGCUACCGAUCUUGUGCAAAAGAAGGAUCUAGGGAAACUAUACGAGAACGAUCAGCUCAACCUGCAAAUGGUGGCUGGUCUGGCUUUUCCCUUUUAUUCCGAGGCUAGGAUCACGUUCAUGCCCACAUACAAGUUCGACAUUGGUACGGACAGAUAUGACACGUCCGAAAAGGCACGAAUACCUGCUUGGACGGAUCGCAUAUUGCGCAAAGGCACCAACAUACGACAGCUGUCUUAUGACUCUGCACCGCUAAAGUUCUCGGAUCAUCGCCCAGUCUAUGCAACUUUCCAGUGCAUGGUUAGCAUCAUUGACGAGAACCUACGCGAGAACAUUAGCCAUGGGCUUUACCAGCGUCGCAAAGCAGAGCUUGGGCAGGGGGGCUCUGUUUUGAAUAUCGAUGAGUCUGAUGAAGAGGACUUGAUUGGGUAUGAUGCCAUUGAACCAGGCUUACCACCGGCAAGUUCAGAUCGCCAAAGAUGGUGGUUAGAGCACGGAAAGAUGGCACAGUCUAGUGUGUCACCGCCCAAGUCGACUAAUGGUAGUUCAACGGUUAUCUUGAACCCAAACCGGACUUCCAAUCCUUUCACUCCUACUGACGAACCCGACUGGGUCUCAGUACCCCGUGCCAGCUCAAGACUAGGAUCAUUCUCCAGCAUGUCCAGUUCACCUUAUGAACACAUCAACCACUCAACACUCUUGUCUACAUCUGCUUCCAGCACGACACCCAGGAAAUUGCCGCCGCCAUUGGAAGCCGCUAAAGUCGGACGACUGAAUUUGAUGGACGAGGCACCAGCUGGACAAAACUAUAGACGAGAUGAUACACCCCCACCUCCUCCACCCAGGCGCCAGACUGGACAGACUGGAACAUCAGCAGCGCAAGCGAUGCCAAAGCCAAUUCCCACCAACUCGCGAAAACCAGUGCCGGCUCCACCGCCAGCCAGGCGUCCUUCUGUGACCUCUCAGGCAUCUGGGACAUCAGCCAAAUCGAAAGCACCUCCACCGGUAGCAAAGAAGCCUGCUCAUCUGGCAUCGCUAUCACCGGCGACAAGUCCCUCUCUUCAGAGCGACCAUGAGUUUGAUGAUGCUAGAUUCCAACCGAAUCUGCCACGUAGAGCCUCAACCAAUAUACAGAGCCUCACGUCAAGGCUUGAGCAAAACAGCUCUGGUAGCUUGACUGGAGGGAUGCGCCAAACCUCACCUCCACCCGCUCAACCCAGACGGGUCGGUACUAUGCCAUCGACGCAAACAGGAGCAAGCAUGGGAUUUCGACACUUCAGUGGCGGGGUGAGUCUACCCGGACUAGGCGAGCGGAAGCCUGCGCUGCCAACACGUCCGAUACAGCAGCAGCAGCAGCAGCAGCAGCAGCAAAUACCACAAAGAACGCAACCCAUGCCUCCGCCAAAACCCGCAAGAAAACCAGUAGUAGAUCUGUUGGCGGAUGACGAAGGUGGGGAGAUGAAUGGCUGGGAAACUUUACGGCCUAGCUAG